AUGUCCAAUCAAGCACCUUACCUAUUGGGUCGCUUUAUCGAUCCCCUCUUUGCGAUAGCUGUGGGAACUUUAAGUUACUUCUCUUAUGAAAACAAGGUCGGAAGACCAGAGGGUCAUCGUCUAAGUGAACUAAUCAAGAAGAAGUACAACAGAAAAUAUUCAAGCCCAACAACUGCAAGCCCAUAA